CGUCAUGAAAUUCUUAUUCCCCUCUUAAACCACUAUUUCGGCACCAAAUAUUCUAUUGCUAAUUUUACAAUUUCCUAUACGAUUUCAAGCUCCUUCCAAAUUAAUUAACCGAAAUUUAUAAACUACUAAAUUGUGGGAAGGAAGGAUGAGGGUCCAUUCAUCAAUCCAUGAGGAAGUGUGCAAGUGCUGGCAGUUAGGCAUUGGUUAGUCCCCUUCUUCCUCCUCUGCUUCCUUCCUUCCUCUGUCUUGUACAGCAAAAUAUUCUAUCAACUUCCCUCCUCCCAUCUCCCCAUUAUAAAGCACAUCCCUCCUCCUCCCCAAUCCCAAUCCCACUCCAAAUCUCUUUAACUCCAUUCCCUUCCUCUCCCAUUCAUCGCACUCACACCUCCAUCCAAAAUCCUUCAUUUCACCUUCCUCUGCACCCAGAGCAACAAUGUGUUCAUCAAAGUUGCAGCAGCACAACGCCGCCACCGGAACCGCCACUCCGCCAGUCGUCCAAAUCGACGGCCGCCCUGUCCUCCAGCCCAAAUCCAACCAAGUCCCCACCUUGGACAGGCGCAAUUCCUUCAAAAAAACCUCUGCUCCCACCACAAAAUCUCCCCUUCCCAUUUUGCCACUCAAUGUAACCAAACCCAAAUCGGCACAGCCUCUGUCCCCUCCCGUUUCUCCCACUACCCCUAAAAUCACAUCACCUCGCCCCAAGAAAUCACCCACCAAUGAUCACUCCAACAAUCAAAGCCUCCUCGCUCCCAUUUUCGAGAAGCCAUCGAAGACUCCCCGGAUGUUGCGCAAAGCGGCGUCGUUUACCCUCGACAGGAAGACGACGACUACAAGUUCCCAGAAUCCGUUUGAACCCUCGUCUCUGAGCUUCGCCUCUUCCCUCAUCGUCGAGGCCCCGGGGACCAUAGCCGCUGCCAGGCGGGAACACGUCGCCAUUAUGCAGGAACAGAGGAAGAUGAGGAUUGUGCAUUACGGUAGGACCAAAUCGGCCAAGAUCAUGGUCACGCCGCCGGUCGUUGAUUCGUCGCCGGACGAGGACAAAAGGUGUAGCUUCAUCACUCCCAAUUCGGAUACGAUUUAUGUCGCCUACCAUGAUCAGGAAUGGGGCGUCCCUGUUCAUGACGACAAGCUGCUGCUGGAAUUGCUAGUCCUGACGGGCGCACAAGUCGGGUCUGAUUGGACUUCGGUCCUGAAGAGAAGGGAAUCACUGAGGGAGGCGUUUUCAGGAUUCGAUCCACAAGUUGUGGCCAAGUUCAAUGAGAAGAAGAUGAACUCCAUCAGCGCAGAGUAUGGCAUCGACAUCUGCCAAGUUCGUGGGAUUGUUGACAAUUCUAGCCGUAUUCUUGAGGUUGUGAAGGAAUUCGGGUCAUUUGACAAGUACCUAUGGAGGUUUGUGAACCAGAAGCCGAUCCAAACCCAGUACCGAUGGAGCCACAAGAUCCCAGUGAAGACCUCCAAAUCAGAGAGCAUAAGCAAAGACAUGCAGAAGAGAGGGUUCCGGCUCGUGGGUCCAACCGUAAUCCACUCGUUCAUGCAAGCUGCAGGCCUCAGCAAUGACCACUUAAUCACCUGUCCAAGGCAUCUCCAGUGCACACUCUCCGCCUCUCAAUCCAAUUGAUGAGGUUGUCAACAACAGAAGAUUGAUUCAUAAUGCCUAAGAAAGGAAAGAACGUAUAGGUUGUUUGUUUAAUUAGGUUUGCUUGGCUGACAUGAUAAUUGUAGGGUUUGUUAAUUAAUCAACUAGUGUGAGUUUGCAGCAGCUAAUUGUGCUUGUGGGAGUUUGAGUGGGUGGGAGACAGAGAGCAUGUGCAGGAAGGCAGAGGAAAGGGGGCAAUGGCAUGUGGUUUUGGGAUUCCCUUUUGUUCUUUUUUUUUUUUUUCCUUUGGUUUUUGUUUAUAGAGUUAUGUUGUGUGUCCAUCAUCACCCCCACCACUUUCUUCAAUUAUGUGUUGCCCUGUUGAUACUGCUGUUGGCUUGGCUGUGAAAGAAAGAAAGAAUAAUCAGUUUUGCAGAGUCCUGCAGGCAGCCAGAGCCAUCCCUCGGAGCCCUCAUUGCCAAAACUAUUCAUCUUUCUAUCCCUUUGCUGCAAGUCUGCAACCUUUACCCCUUUUUCAAGCAUUUGGAUAGGAUAACAAGUGGGGAUCUCUCUCAUUUCAUCAAGCUGCCAGCGAUGUGGGCUCGAGAUACAGGGGACUUUAUGACCCUUUUGUCUCAAGGAACAGGGGAGAUGGAUAUCAACUAUCAAGGAAACCACAGUAGCUGGCCAAGAUUCCUUUUAUUUUUUAUGGAGAGCGGGCGGUUCUAAAACCUAAUCGGUGGCCAAGAUUCCCCAGUUAUCCAAGAAAUCUGGUUGUGCUAAGUUUGUUUGUGAAUAUUAGUGCUAGUUUGCCCUUUUUGUGUGAUGGUGUGGGAUUUGUUUGACCUUGUGAACGUGACGAUUCAGUUGUAUUUUAAGUUAAUAAUUAACUAAUGAUGAUGAUGGUGAUGGUUUAUGGAUUGUAGUUUGGUGCUUGGAUAUUAAUGGAUUCCGAUUCUGAUAUGUGGUUGGCUUUGGCUAGCUACUGAUAUUCUGUUGAGAGAAUGAAGAAGAAUCAAACUUGCACAUGCUAUCGAAUCCUCUGCUUUGCUGGAUGAAGCCACCCUCACUUUUCCUCCCUGUUCGCCCUUUGUUUAAUGUUCGUGGGAGUGAGUGAGGGUAGAGAGGGUGUGAUGAUUGAUGACAGUUGGUUGAUGAUGAUGAUGAUGAUGGUGAAGGGUAUUGGGUUCUCAAAAGUCUUUGGAUUGGGCUGUAAAGUGGAGGAGCGGAGUUCAAAGGCCGCACUGGGUUUGCUGCUGGGUCCUUCAAUGGCCUGCAACUCCACCAAUCUAACUUUUCUGAAUCCAAAUGUGCCAUUCUUGUGCUGGGGAGCUUGUGUAGGGGAAUAGGAUUCCCCCUGCUUGGGACUUGGGAGAGUUCUUUCGCCUAUCUUAUGUGCGCUAUGAAGGAAUCAUUAAUUUUGAGUUGCUUUUUGCCACAUAGCUUAAUUUUGACACAAGAGAUAGGAUAGGAGAAAAAAGCUAUUUCGUUUAAUUUUUUUUUUAUAAUUCUCGUUGAACGGUUAAAUUUAUCAUAUAUACUCAUCAACCGAAAACUUUAAUCGGCUAAAAGCCUAAAACAUAGCAAUGUGAACAAACUGUGCACACUGUACUUCAUUUCGCUUCACUUUCUUUGUAUUAGCAGUUGACAACAAUAGGAGCCUCAACCACCUUAUGGUUCAGAAAAGCGUGGAUAGGUUAAUAUCCAAGAGCUAAACCUAACUCUUAAUGAUCGACUCCUCGGGUUGAUGCAGAAGGGAAAGCAUGAAGAAUAACAUUGAUGGAAAAGAUCGAGGGGAACAGGGGCGGAGCUAGCUUAAAGCUCGGGGGGUCCCGGCCCCCCAGAAUUUGACGAUCACGUGUAAAUCGUAUCGGAUUAUUCAAAAAUUAUGUAAAACUUAUAAAUGAUAUAUAGAAAUGGUCAUGCAAUAAAUAACCUUGGUUGCC